AUGGACAACAGCCAAGAGCAGGAAACGGGUCGUCAACGCAUGCGCGAGCUCUUCCAGCAACGUGACGCCGAACGGGGCAGUCUCAAGCACAAGCAGCCGAUCUUCAAGUCUGCCGAACAACAGAUGCAACUGCAGAAGCAAAAGCAAAAGCAACUACUGCUGCAGCAGGAAGGCGGCGUAGUCUGGACUCCCAAUGCUGUUGCGCGGAAAAUUAGACAACCAACCGCGAGCAGAGGACAAUAUCCUAUCUUUGACGAGCACAUAUGGGACGAAGACCGACGUCCUCAGCGCGCCAAUCAGGACCGGUCCGUCAGUCCGAAGACACGUGUCGCCAAAGACGACGAUCAAAUCCGUGCAUGCACUAGCAAUGGUAAUAGCAGCAGUAACGGUAACAGUAACAUGAAGACCACGUCGGGCACCAGACUUCAGGAGCGCCGGAAACAUGGCACGGACAAAGACACACCCUACGAUACCAUCACCUCGAACAGAAAGAAGCCUUCAUGA